GGUUCUCUCUCAACCGCAGCCGCCGCCGGUCGCUCGCUUGGAAGCUGGAAUCAUUCAAAGAAGUAUAACAUACAAUUAGCAAGUUGCUGGGAUGGCAUCUCAUUUGGAGCAAUUACCAAUAACACCACUCAAACAAGAUCCAGCAUGGAAACAUGUUCAGAUGUUUAGGCAUGGGGAUAGGGUGCAGCUCAAGUGUAUAUAUUGUGAGAAAGUUUUCAAAGGUGGUGGGAUUCAUAGGAUUAAGGAGCAUUUAGCUAAGCAAAAGGGUAAUGCGGCUACUUGUUUAUGUGUUCCACCUGAUGUUCGUGAUCUAAUGCAACAAAGUUUGAAUGGGGCUGUGUCAAAGAGGAGGAAGAAGGAUAAGAUUGUGGAGGAGAUAAUGAAUGUUAAUCUGAUUCCUAGAGAGGUUGACCCAUUUGAUAAUGAAUGUGAUGCCGAUACUGGAGUGCAAUUUAUUGGGGCACCACACACCCUUGAACCUAGUCCAAAUUUGUUACUUAAUGGAGCAGGGACUAGUGGUGGUGCUACAGGGGAUAAUAGGAGGAAGAGGGGGAAAGAGAAAAGUUUUGCUAAUGCUGAUUCUCUUGCUCAUGGAAAUAAUGGGUUAGGAGCAAAGCAAGUGAACAAUCAUUUACAUGCAGCAAUAGGGAAGUUUCUCUUUGAUAUUGGGGCACCCAUGGAUGCUGUUAACUCAAUUUUUUUCCAGCCAAUGGUUGAUGCUAUUGUCUCUGUAGGAUCAGAGUCUCUAUUGCCUUCUCAAAAUGAUAUUCGAGGUUGGGUGUUGAAGAAUUCAGUUGAAGAAGUGAAGGCUAAUGUUGAUAAAAUAGCGGCAGCAUGGGGAAAGACUGGUUGUUCUGUAUUAGCUGAUACAUUCCCUAGUCUGUAUUGGACUCCUUGUGCAGUUUGUUGUCUGGAUAUGAUACUCAGGGAUUUCGCAAAAAUUGGUUGGAUAAAUGCAAUAAUCGAGCAGGCAAGAUCUAUUACAAGAUUUAUGUACAACCAUAGUGUGGUUUUGAAUAUGAUGAGAAGGUAUACUUCUGGCGUUGAUGUUGUAGAGUCAGCAGUUACUCGCUCAGCUACAAACUUCACAACAUUGAAAAGGAUAGUUGAUCUUAAACACAAUUUGCAGUCAAUGGUUACUUCACAGGAGUGGGUGGACAGCCCAUACUCAAAGAAACCUGCCGGCCUGGAAAUGUUAGAUAUAGUGAGUAAUCAGUCAUUUUGGUCAUCCUGUGCACUGAUUACCCGGUUGACAAUUCCUCUCCUACAACUGUUGAGAAUAGUUGGAAAUAAGAAGCAGCCAGCAAUGGGAUAUGUCUAUGCUGGAAUGUAUCGAGCAAAAGAAGCAAUCAAGAGAGAAUUAAAUAAGAGGGAAAAUUAUUUGACCUACUGGAAUAUCAUUGACCACUGGUGGCAACAGCAAUGGCAGCAUCCUCUCUAUGCUGCUGGCUUCUACCUCAAUCCAAAGUUCUUCUACAGUUUUGAAGGAGACUUGCCCAAUGAGAUUCUCUCAGGGAUGUUUGAUUGCAUAGAGAGACUGGUUCCUGAGACAAUAGUGCAAGAUAAAAUUGUAAAGGAGAUGAACUGCUCCUACAAAAGUGGUGCUGGAGAUUUUGGAAGAAAGAUGGCAAUUAGAGCUAGAGAGAUCAUGCUUCCUGCUGAAUGGUGGUUGACAUAUGGAGGAAGUUGUCCAAAUUUGGCACGUUUGGCCAUCCGUGUUCUUAGUCAGACUUGCUGUUCACUUGGGCUUAAUCUGAAUCGUAGUUCUUCUGGACAAUUAUAUGAUGUUAGGAAUUCCCUGGAGCAUCAACGGCUCAAGGACCUCGUCUUUGUUCAGUACAACUUGCGACUAAAACAAAUAGGUUAUGAAGAAAAAAUUGAGGAUUCUGUGGAUCCUCUAUCAAUUGAUGCCAAUAGUCUUGUGGAAGACUGGGUAAGGGAGGACACAUGCUUGGGGGACUGCAGUAAUUCUGAUUGGAUGGCACUUGAUUCUCAUGCUGUGAACACAAUGUCAUUAGGAUCCCCAGUUGAUGGCAUUGAUGAGUUGGGUGCAGUAUUUGAUGAUUAUGAAGUUCUUAAGAGAGUGAAAGAUGAGGACUAAGAUGCUCAAAGACCAUGUUUAUGUCCGUGUGAGAGAAUUCAAUUGGACCAUUUUUAUCAGGAGAAUUAAAGAUGGUGAUGGCUGUUUCCUGCACUGUGAUCAACGAAAUGUCAUCAAGUCUUGUGGCUGCAUAGCAUGUUCUUGACUUUCCUUGCAGUGCCAUCCACUCGAGUACUGCUUUUCCUGACUGACAUGAGAUGGACAAUAUGAAAGUGGAGAAUAACAACACAAAGUAUGAAUGCUAUUUCGUUUGGAAUUUUGUAGUCCAAAGUUCACCUUCUAAUUUUAAGUUCAUGACGAAGCUUGGGUUUGAAAGGUUACAUGAUAAUGCAAAUGACUUGGGUCGUUUGAAUUCAGCAAAGCUACCUUUACUCCUGACCUGAAGCUAGCAAAUGCAGGAAGCUUGACUAUGCCAUGAAACAUUCAUGGGGCAAAAUAUCUAACAUCCACAGUGCACUUCCAGAAUGCUUAAACCCUAAAACAGUUCUCAGAAGAGAAAGCUGUAGAUAAUGUAAAUUAGUGAAAGAUGUUGAAUUCAUAUUUGAGUGCGUUGUUGUCUUACAUUGCAAAAAUGUGACAGGAAUAUGGGGAAUAUAUGUGUAUAUGUAUUCUCAUGAACCUAAUAAGUUGAUUUUGAGUUCAAGAUAGCGUCUUGACUCUUGAAUUUCGUUACCAUAAAAAACUGUGCCAUAU